AUGAAGCUUGACAAUCCACCUGACCCGAAACCACCGGAUUUUGUCUCGGUGGAGUCUGAAAUGCUUGUUGAAGCCAUGAUACAGUAUGAAAAGAGAAAUGAAGCCAAGGAAGAUGCCCCACCAAGGGAGGAAGAGAUUAUAGGGUGUGUGAACAAGGCAUCUAUACGCACCGUAAAAGAACUCUGCAAACAGUAUCGACCUGAUAUGGUAAUUUUAUUGGAGACAAAGUGUAGUGGUGACACAGCAGAUAAGGUGUUGAGAAACCAUCAGCAGUUCCUUCAUUUACAAAUUGUUGAUUUUAAAAGAAGAGUUUGGUGCCUAACAGCAGUGUAUGCUAGCCCACAUGCUCACUUGAGAUCUAAACUUUGGAAAGAAAUGAAGAAAAUUGCGACUGAUAUGAAAUUGCCAUGGCUUUUGAUUGGAGACUUCAAUGAUAUUAGUAAGGCAGAUGAGAAAAAAGGAGGUGCUACUCUAGACAUGCAUGCUGUGAAUCGUUUUAAGAGAUGGAUAGAGGAAUGUGGUUUAAUUGACAUGGGAUAUAUUGGCUCAAAGUUUACAUGGGUUGGCGGAGUUAGAGGAGGGUUGAAAAUCUAUAAGAGACUGGAUAGGGCUCUUUCAAACUCUGAUGGGAGAAUUGAUUUCCAAAUGCUAAUAUAA